GGCUUCUUAGAGCGCCGAACAGCGUUGGGCCCAAGGACCAUGAGAGGGCCGGAGUCGGGUCCCGAACCUACGAUGGAAGGGGACGUGUUGGACACCCUGGAGGCGCUGGGGUACAAGGGACCACUGUUAGAAGAGCAAGCCCUUACCAAGGCAGCAGAGGGUGGACUGUCUUCGCCUGAAUUUUCAGAGCUCUGUGUUUGGUUAGGCUCUCAGAUAAAAUCAUUGUGCAACUUGGAAGAAAGUAUCACUUCAGCUGGGAGAGAUGAUCUAGAAAGCUUCCAGCUUGAGAUAAGUGGGUUUUUAAAAGAAAUGGCAUGUCCGUAUUCUGUACUCAUAUCAGGAGAUAUUAAGGACCGUUUAAAAAAGAAGGAUGACUGUUUGAAGCUUCUAUUGUUUUUAAGUACAGAGCUUCAAGCUUUACAGAUACUACAGAAUAAGAAACAUAAAAAUUCUCAAUUAGAUAAAAACAGUGAAAUUUAUCAAGAAGUUGAAGCUAUCUGUGAUACUCUUGGUGUACCCAAGUCAGCAACUUCUGACAUUCCGCUUAUGCUAAACCAAGUGGAAUCAAAGGUGAAGGAUAUUCUCUCAAAAGUCCAGAAAAAUCAUGUGGGAAAACCACUGCUGAAAAUUGAUUUAAAUCUGGAACAGGCGGAACAACUGGAAAGAAUCAAUGAAGCUCUUUCCUGUGAAUAUGAAUGCCGCCGGCGGAUGUUGAUGAAACGAUUAGAUGUGACAGUGCAGUCCUUUGGUUGGUCUGAUAGAGCAAAGGUAAAAACAGAUGACAUAGCAAGAAUUUACCAGCCGAAGCGUUAUGCUCUAUCACCGAAGACAACGAUUACAUUGGCACAUCUACUUGCUGCUCGUGAAGAUCUAUCCAAGAUCAUUAGAACAAGUAGCGGCUCCAGCCGAGAGAAGACGGCAUGUGCCAUUAAUAAGGUGCUGAUGGGAAGGGUGCCUGACAGAGGAGGAAGGCCAAAUGAAAUUGAACCACCGCCCCCGGAAAUGCCCCCUUGGCAAAAGAGACAAGAAGGCGGCGGAAGGGGUGGUUGGGGUGGUGGGGGUGGUCGAGGAGGUGGUGGGGGUGGAAGAGGUGGCUGGGGAGGUGGAGGAGGUUGGGGAGGUGGUGGGGGAGGAGGAGGUGGCGGAGGAGGGUGGGGUGGAAGUGGGGGAGGGGGCGGUAGAGGAGGAGGUUUCCAAGGCAGGGGAGAUUAUGGCGGGAGGGGAGAUUAUGGUGGAAGAGGAGGAGGCUAUGGUGGAAGAGGAGGGGGCUAUGGGGGACGAGGUUAUGGAGAUCCGUAUGGGGGAGGUGGUGGUGGAUAUAGAAGGUAUUAAAAACCACCAAAAUUAGAUAGCAGUGCUUACUUCUUGGUAGGGACAUUAGGUGUAGUGUUCUAAGUAACAUACUUGAAUGUCAGCUUUCAAGUAAACACCAUGUUAGCUUCCUUGUUAUCAUUCUUAAAUUGGGUUAAUAUGUAAGAGCAUUGUUUUUAUACUACCAUUUGAUCUCUUAGACAAAGUGAUGAUUUUUCCAUAUUCUGUGUACCCUUGAGCAUGUCUUUUUAAAAAACAAAAAAUGAACAAAAAUUAUUUUUAAAAAUGUAAAUAUUUAUUACCAUCAAACUUGGAAAAUGGAAAGUAUUUUAUUGUCAUGAUUGAAUUUAGAUUGUUACCCGUAUUUUAUUCAGGUUUGAAACACAUAAAUUACCCCACUUGUAAUGGAAAGGAAUAUAGACUGUUGCCUCAUCUGUA